AUGGACUUUCAAAAGCGCAAAACUUUGUUGUCUCUGUUAUUCAACAACUCGCGAUCUUUUUCUCAUGUAAACUGCUAUGGAGAAUCUAGCGCUGGAAGAAGUUUAUCUAUUUCAAACAUUAUAGCAAAAAACGACUACGGAUGGGUCAGCUUUUUACCUUUUUUUUUUCUUGAAUUCAUUUUCAGCAUUAUGCAUUUGCGGAUCUGUUAUAUGCUGAUGGGUCUAUGAAGUUAUUGCUAAAGUCGCUUUCGAAUGAGAUUGGAGUCAAAUGCAAAGGGGAAAACGUUAUGGAAUUUUGGUACGCUGUUCGUGAAGACUAUCACUGGUAAACUAUCUAUCAGUGUAGUCAGAUUCAUAUUGCUUUACUAGGCCGUCGACUUCUACCAAGAAAAUGAUUAUUUUUCUCGAUAAUGCGCAAGCUGUUGUGAAUUUCCCGACGUAUGCGAUAAGUUAUUUUCUGAAGUCUUGCAAAGAUGUGAGUUUCUUUGUUGUUGAAUGACUAAAGAUAUGAAAUUUAUUUAUUGUUUAAACUUCCUUUUUUCUAAAAAAAAAAACAGUCCAAUAUUGCUUAAAGUUUUCAUACAAAAGAUACCUAGUCCGGCGCGAUUGAUAAAUUGACGGUGCCGGAAAAUUAACGAACUCGCAACCAUGUCGCUCUGCUCUCGCGCAUAUUUCCAGACGCGACCUCGCUUUUCUCAUUUUCUAAAUGCGAGAUCGCGGCUCCAAGAAAAUGCGGGCUACCACGUUUAACUUCUAGCAUUUAUAUCCACAGAUAUCCUUAGUAUAUGAUCUUAAGAGGUUUUUGAAAGCUUUCAUGCUCACUCGUCAGACUGUUGCUGAGCGCUCACCGGAAGAAUAAGCCAUAGCCAAAAUAAGUAGCCGUGGAUAUAUUUUUUGUAGCUUCCAUAAAACUUUCUGUCUGCUUCUUUUGCACAUGUGAUUAUUUGAAAAGUUAAAGGUGUGUGGUCUACAAAUACGUUUCGUGACGAGCGCCCCUGCUCCCUGGAUUUGUUACCAGGCCAAUAGUCCUAUCGGAUCCUUACCUGUCCGCGAGUUUCACUUUCGACCACCUUGUGCAGGUUUUCAGAGAAAAAAAAAAAGGUAUUUGGUAAGUUGACUUUCAGAAGCCUGCAUAAAUUUGAUCCGAGAGUUUGAACCGGACAUUAGUGAGAAAUUCGUCCGAUAUUGCAUCGACGUCUCUUUCAUCCAUUCGCGCGCCCCUAACACACUUCUUCGGAUUGUAAGCUUUCAACUUUUGGUUUUCUUCAAACUUGUCAAAAAUAGUGUCAAGGCAAGUUUUUUCGAUAGCAGUAAUAAAGUUUGUGAAUUUCGAAAGCACUGAUUCUAAUUAUUUAUUGAUAUUUACUACUUUUUGAACACAGGUACGCAAUGCUUUCGCUUCCUACGAAGAGUCAGGAAAAGGGGCAGGAGUUCUGGAUUUCCAUCGCAUGGGCUCCUGUUUGACUUCUUCUUCUGUAGGAUCAAGUCAAAUCGAAAACUAACAUCGGACAUUUUUUAGCAUGAACUUAUCGGUGUUGAGACGAAAUUCCAAUCCAACGAGGAUGAUUUAAUUUCUGAAGCCUUUGAAUCAAUGCCAAUUGCUAUGCGGUUAGUUCUGUCCAAAAAGCGCCUCGGGCCCUCUUGAUGACUGUUUUCCAGAUUUCUACUUGUUGCUUCAUUCUGUGCCAGCAACAACGCCUCGAGUUCUGACAAGCGUUUUUUUGUAAAAGUACGUUUUAUCACUUUUUUUUUGUUAAAAAUAAGUUGCAAGCGAAAAUAAACAUUAUCUGAACAAACAACUGAUCUCAAUCGAAAUUGCAACACGCACCAGAUUCCAGUUUUCGAAAAAAAGUUAUCCCUAGUUUCCCAAAUAUUUUUAUCAAAGUAAACUGAAAGCUUUUUUGUCUGGUGUUUCUCAUGGUCUUGUAAUUCAGUUUCAUGUCAAAAGACGCCAUUAUAGAUAGCACUCCCAAAAGUCUCCUCUUGGCGGCGCAUUCCGCGUGCGUGCGCGCGCCAAUUCAAAUUUCGUCUCUUGAACUAGAUUUACAGGCUUCCAGUAUAUGGUUCUUUUUGUAUAAUUUUUCUUGCAUAAAAAAACUUCCAAUUAAUUUUACCCGGGUAUCAUAUCUAUGACAACUGGAUAUACGGGCAGAGUACCUGAAAUUUUUGAUUGCUACCGAGUAGCCUGGAAAUGCUUCCCAGGUUUUUAUUAUAAUUAUUUUUAGUCAUUUCGGUUUUCUAAUUUUUAUUCAUUCUGUUUUCAGACUUCCUUUGAAAUUUGUAUAAGCUGUACACGUUGUUCUCCAUUUGCUCAUGAGAAACGAAGAAUGAAUUUUCAGCAGCACAUUUCCUUAUCAUGCGAGGAGCUUUGAAAAAUCGUAUCUCCGCUCAAAAACUUUUCCAAAAAAAAAACUUUUUUCACGGACCUCCGCGGCAUUUUUUGAGAACAGAUUUGGAAACAGCAUGAAAAACUUCAUUUAGUGAACUGGGUCUCAUUCUGAAAUCCAACUGCGACCAGACACCAUUCCCUGGUCAGCUAGAGCUAAAAUUUAUGCUCGACGUCUCACGAUGGACAUAUUAUGGAAUAUUCAAGAUUCAUUUUGAGAGGUAUAUUUGUGGGCAUAUUAUGGUACCUUCCCCAUUUGCCUGUGCAAGUGAGUGAAGGCGAAAAUUUGAAUUGGCGCUAAAACAAGAAAAAACUUUCUUAAAUAAAGUUAGAUUCCCUAAAUGAGUCAAUAUUAAAUAAAAGAAAACUGGAAAUGAAUAAGUAAGAAAAAUUAUACAAAAAGAACCAUAUACUGGAAGCCUGUAAAUCUAGUCCAAGAGACGAAAUUUGAAAUGGCUCGCGCACGCACGCGGAAUGCGCCAGGAGGAGACUUUUGGGAGUGCUAUCUAUAAUGGCGUCUCAUGUCAAACGUGCUUAUUUUGUUUAAUAUAUUUCAAAAACGAAAGUAUGAAGAAUUUUUUUGUACCGCCGCAAGGAUUUUUGAGAGUUUGAAUUAUUUUAGCAUCACGGAAAGGAGAAGCGAUCGGAGGCUCGAGAAAUGAAAAACGACUUGGCACGGCAACUCAAGGCUUUCGAACCCAAGGUUCGACUUUUAGGUCACAGAAAAUCAUUUUUCUGCAAAUUUUUGACUUUUACGAAAUCAACGAUUCUCGUUCGCACUGUGUAUUUAUAUUUUACAGCUUCAGUAUCCAAGUUUUAUUUUGACCGUCUUUUUAAAGUGUUCAAUCUUUGAAAAGCUCUUAGUUUCCUUGAAGCUGAAGGACAGGGCUGUUUUUUUUUCUUUGCAAAUCCUUGUAACGUAAAUUCAAAGAGCUAGGCAAAAAAAAUCUUAAAGAAUCUCUGCAAAUAAUUUAGGGUAGUAAUGUACUUUUAUUUGAAAAGAAUAAAAUUGAAAUUGAUCAAGAAAAAUGUUCAUAACAAAGUGCGAAUUUCAAAAAAUAGGGCUCGGGAAGUUUCUGUAAAUAUGUCUAAGAUAUUUUAGAGAAAAAAAAGCACGGAACAAGUGAGGAACAUUUUUUCGAACCCUCAGUUUCUUUAUUUUGGUUAUCGUGUCUGCACUCGUUUAGCGCGACCUCUAGGAGUAUAUUAUCCGUCAACUUUUUUGAAAUGAUCUACUACAUUUUCUUGUAUGCUGGGAAACAAUUUUUCAGCCAGCCAACUGUCAGCGUGUCUUUUUCAUCUACAAAACGUUUUGUUCUCAAUUUGCGGAGAACGACUUUGAUAAAAUCGACUUGAAGUGUGUAGUGAGUGAGUUUUGGGAUCAUUAAUCCUUGCACCAUUUUUCAGCUGGCUUCGGUCGCCUCAAUGGGUCUCGUGACGAUUUCGGGGCCUCUGGAAGCGCCUCGAGUACGGUGUCUCAUCUCGGCCGAGUGCGCGUCGAAGAUUGCUGGGUUAGUUAGUUUCUUUCCAAUUGCAAGGAAAGCUUUUUUCAAUAAUUCCCGCAAAUAUCAGCUGUAUCUCUCAUUUUCUGGAAUCGAAUUCCAAAAACUUGCGUCGAAAACAUUCAAAAAUGAAAUAGAAAAUUCCUAUCAAAACAGGUGGAAAGGCUCUUUUUGCAAAAUUUGGCAACUUAUCUGCUGAAACGGGGAACAUCUCAAAAUAGCUGGUCCAAUUUUUUUCAGCUGCUUACCAGCUAACGGAGUUCUUGGAAAAAGAAAAUGCAGAAUUACUUAUAGCCUUUUUUUCACUUCUGCUUCUCGCUUUUUCGUAUUUUCAUUAUUUUACAUAUUCUUGAUUCAGGAAUUUGUUUCUUGGGCAAGUGCAUUUCUCUUGAAAAUUUGAAAAAAGAGCUUAGAAAAAUAAAUUUGUUGGAAAUUAAAAAUUUUGCUUUUUAAUUUUAGUGAAUUUAAAACAAAAUAUUUUUAAACGAAAUGAGCAGAUAGUUGUGAUUUUUGAUCCAAGUAGGACCGAGAGUACAACCUUCAAAUGGUUUCUAGACAUACUCGGACCCGUCGGGGUAUUUCUAGUGGUCACUUUAGUGGAGUCAGCGCUCUUAAGUAAUCCCUAGAAAUGUUCAGAAACGUCCGGAGGACGUCUGGUUUUUGAUACCGAGGUUCCUGUAUAUACUUUUUAAAAAAAACAUAUAGGUCAGUUCAGAGAAACGUUUCUAACAAUAUCAAAAAACGCCGGGUCCAAGACAAAGGCAUAAAAAAGAGUCGUUAUAAACAGAAUGUCAGGGAAAUUAUGAGUUUGCCGCUUCGCCUAGUCUCCAUAAUUUGAAAUUAUAAACUUUCCAUUUCGGAUAAGCGUUGUUGGUUGUAUGAAUUUGCGAAAGUCAAAUAAUCUUGCAGAUCCCUCAAAAUUCAACUUCGCGAUUAUUUGGAAUACACGGUGUAA